UUGUCAGAGGAUGGCACAUGUGCACUCUUUACAUACGUAUGCUCGCUGAGUUUGCUAGCCGUGCACGUGUGCUGGACGCAGCCCAGACAGGAGCAAAUCAGCUGUUCACACAAUUUCCCUCAGGAAGAAUUUCUGUCUCAUACUCGGUCUCUCUCUCUCUCUCUCUCAACCAGUAUACUCCCUGUUAGGGAUCCACUGACAAGCGGUUAGCUGGAGUGGAAGAUUUCUGCACAGGGAACACAGAUGCGCUGCAUGAAUUAGACGAACACACAGACUCACAGGAGCUUUGAAACAGAAAGAUGCCAGCUCAUCUGAGCCUGGCAGAGCAGGAACGGGAGUGGAGGAAGACGGGAAGAACGGCAGAGCUGGGUCUCGCUGCGAUCGCAGAGAAAGGACAGCUGAAGAUGUACGACACUGCGAGGAAACGGAAAGAUUCCAGAUCUGAUGUGAAACCCACAGCCCUGGAGCAGAAAAGAAAAGCAUGUGCUCCACAGCACAUUAAAUCAGCACAGAUUAAUAUCCAUAAACGAAAUGGAAAUAAUACAGAGUCAAAUGCGAAAAAAGUGGACGAGAGAUUGCGAUUGGCCCGGGAACGGAGAGAGGUGUACCAAAAACAGCUGGCGUUGCGCGAGCACGGCUGGCUGGUGAGGGAGGAGCGGGCCAAGCAGUUUUACGAGAAACACCUGGAGGAGCGACGGAAGAAGUUGGAGGAGCAGCGACAAAAAGAGGAAAGGAGGAGGGUGGCGGUCGAGGAGAAACGCAGACAGAGGAUCAAAGAAGAAAGAGAGCGUUUUGAGUCUGUGGUGCGGAAGACGAUGGAAAAAAGUCAGAAGGCCAAACAGAAACCUGGCCACUGCUCACGAAGGGUCACCAAGAACGAAAACAAAAAUGCUAAACACCGCUCUCUUAGUCAGUGGGAGAUUGACCUUGUCCGUCGUCUUCAGACCCCUACCGUCUCUUAUCUAGCCAGAAGCAAGAGUGCUGUGUGUCUGUCACGAGACACAGUUGUUCAUGUUUGUCGUCGUUCAGCCUCAUGUCAUACCAUGAACUCCAGCACCAUGCGAAAACCAAAGGUGCAUUGUGGGAAAGUGCCAAGCAGGCCUGCAAGCUCAAAUCCAAAAGUCACCAUCCGCAGAACCACAAACAGAGAGCUGGUGGCAAAAGGUGAUUUUGAGGAACAAGACUUGAAAAAGCCACAACUACAAACAACUGAAAUCAAGCCCAAACAAGACACAAACCCACCGGGGCAUACUGUCCUUCCAACAUCAUGGCUGCAGAACAGAUCGCAUGUCAGACACGCCACACUUAAACAAGACAGUUUACCUCCGCUGCCAGAAGAGGAGGAUCUAGAACCAGAGUAUGAACUCUCCUCCGAUCAUCUACAACCUGACGAAACACUUACUCAACAAUGCCUGCGAGAUAACCAACUCCAGUUGAAUCCAGCUGCUAAUGGACCUCUGAAUCCACCAGCAGGCUCUCGGAUUCCUAAUGGAACAAGUCAGGUUGGUGACGGCGCUCAAGUCAGACCAUCUACUUGGACUACAGACCCGGAGCAGGCCACUCGCAUACUGGCAGAGAAAAGGAGGCAAGCCCGACUCCAGAGAGAGAAAGAGGAAGAGGAACGCAGACAGAAAGAGGAGACAGAGAGAAAGAGCAGAGAGGAACUGGCCCGUCGGAGAGCCGAAGAACGAGCCAGCCAGGAGGCAGAGGGCCUGAGACUGGAGGAAGAAAAGAGGAAGAGAGAGGAAGAAGAGCGACUUCAGGCUGAGGAGGAAAACGCUCGCAGACAAAAAGAGGAGGAAAAAAGGCUUCAACAGCAGAGAGAGGAAGAGGCUCGUCAAAGGGUGCUGGCAGAGCAGCAGAGACUGGAAAGAGAGAGUCAUUUCCAGAGAGAGGAAGCCGAACGCCAAGAACGGAAAAAGCGCCUGGAACAAAUCAUGAAAAGAACAAGAAAGACAGACUCUGAAGAAAAGAAAACAGCAUCGGUGAAGGAUAACUUGCCUUGUGAGAAUGUGAAGCCUGUAAUCAGGAUACCAGGUCCUGGAAAAACACCAAAUCUGGAGCUGAGGGACGAGGAGGAUAUGCUUCCUACUGUGGCCUUCAAGGAGCGCCGAUCCUUCCGCAGUCUUUCUGGCCUGGAUGAGAUACAAGCCCAUCAACAAACUGAGGUUAUUUAACCAGCGGACCUGUCAUAUGAUGCCACGACCGUCUGAGCAACUUCUGCAAGCUUGUCUUUCUGAAAAACACAAAAACAAC